GACACCGAGCCGCGCAGGUAUCCCUACGCCGGCUAAGUCUCAGCACUGCUCCAGCCGGACGCCGCGGGGACACCGCGCCACCGCCCCUCUCCUGGGUCGCGGACUCUCCAGUCCCGGCACACACACCUGCCUCGGGACCCGCCCCUGGGAGCCUCCUGCGCGGUCGUCCGGGCGCGCAGACAUGCGGCUCGCUAAGCCAGGCGCCCCGCUACCCGCGCUUCUCGUGCUCGCUCUGGCUUUGUCCCUGCCCGGGGCCCAGGGGAGGCCCCGGGGUGGCAGGGGAGCACGUGCCACGGUCCAAGAAUCCAAGUCGUGGCUUUUCCUCCCCGCUGCCCGGGCCGGCCCGGCUCCCCACGCCUCCCGGAACACUGAAAUAUUCCCAAGAGAUUUGAAUUUAAAAGACAAAUUCAUAAAGCAUUUCACAGGGCCAGUCACAUUUUCAGCAGAAUGUAGCAAACAUUUCCAUCGACUCUAUCACAACACCAGGGAUUGCUCAACACCAGCUUAUUACAAAAGAUGUGCUAGAUUGCUAACAAGAUUAGCAGUGAGUCCCCUGUGCUCACAGACCUAGAAGACUUGCCCUAUGAGCAUUUAAGAAUGUAAAUCUGAUUUGAAGAAAAAAGUGCCUGGAAUCAUAUUAACUGUACAAAGUGAUGAAGCAUCUAAUUUUAUGGUGUAUUAAGAUGAGUAAAAUAAGAGACUUCUCAGAAAUAACUGAUUAUUUG